CGCUCCCGUUCAUACAGCAACAUUCCAAAAAUACGAUAAUCCAUUUUUGCACCCUUUGCCCACGAAAUGCUUGCAGCUGCUCGAAACCCACCUAUCCUUAAUUACAUCUCCUUUUAAUUUCGCUCAUCACGCACCCCUAUGGCCAUUCUUUACCUACAGCUGUGCGACAAGAAAAACCGCAGCAUCCUAACAAACAUUUAUUCGCGACUUGGAAAGAAAGCGAUAGAAAACGACAGUGUUUACAACGAGCUGCGCAAAAUAAUAACUGCCAUGCCAGAAGAUAAACAGCUUUUCAAGUACGAUUCCUCGAAUAACCAGUACGUGUUUUUCUUGCAGCUGUCAACGCUCUACGUAUACGCCUCUAUCGUAGAUGAUGUUACGGCACCAAAGGACAUAACAGCAUUUUACAACAUGCUCACCAAGGACCUGGAAGAAAACGGGAGAGAGACCGGCUUUGAAAAGAGAGUGGCUGAGCUUAUGAACACUUUCAAUUCCGAGCGAAGCAACGAUGAGAUACAGAAGGAGGUGUUGAAGGCACGCGAUGUGUGCGCCAAGUCUCUGAACACGUUAGUUAACAGGGGAGAGGAGCUCGACAAGUUGAACGUGUUAGCAGAUGAGCUGAGCACCAAGGUCAGCAAGUUCCAGAGUGAAAGCAGAAGAAUGUUUAUGGAGAAUAGAUUAAGGCAGUACUUCGUGUACGUGUUGAUUGUUGUGAUAAUUUUUAUAAUUUAUUACAUCAUUUUUAAAUGAGGUUGGAUUAAAACGGUGUUUGGUGACAAGCGGGGCUGUUCUGCACGUGUUAUGCUUUUGAUGCAAGCUUUCUGACGAGCAAGGGUUUGCUAGGGAAGGAUUUUUACCAUUUUUCUUCGUUACCAUCUCAAUGAGUAAAAGUAAAACUUUGUAAGCAGCAAUGCUGUGUGCAAGAUAAGCAUGGCAUAUUCUCAUCGUGCUGCAAAUUUUAUUUGCUGUAAGUGCCCUGCUAGCACGUAGAGAUGUACAUGUUAUGUUGUAAUGUUAGCUUUUCAGAGCCAUGCAGUGAUCCUGUUGCUUAUCUUAGAGUAGCACUGCGCUGCUACCCGAGUCAACCAUUCAGAUGACGAUGAGCAGCACGCCAAGCAGCUUUGAUGUUAAAAUUAAACGACUCAGCAGUUGAGUGUGGUGAUCAACCUUCUCGUUCACAACAACUCAGGAUUGAACCUAUCUCAGCAGCUAUGUUUGUGGAAAGGUCCAAAGAGGUGCGCUAGCAGAGAUGAGUUCAAAGAAUGAGAAAGAUUAAUUCGUAGGCGGUUCAUAAUGAAACCCUCGUUAUCCUUUCUUCCCCUGUGUAUCAUUGGUUGUGACAGCAACCCAAACAGUUUGAUGAGGUGCUGCAAUGUGCUGUUGUAACAGAUUGC